AUGAGUAACAUGAAUUGCACCACGGAGGCCCCGCGGAUCUUGUCAGGCGGUGGUGGGAUUACAAUCACAUUUCUACGGGAUGGGAAGGCUCGACGGACAAAACGCCGUACUCGCUUGGAUCGGGCUGUCGCUCGGGCUAGCAACGUGCUUGAGGGGUGGUUUGACGUGGCUAUCCAAGAUCCGGCCGCCUCCUUGACUUUGCAAUGGACCAUCACUAAUCUGAGUGGCUCGUUAUCCCGGUGUCAAUGGCAGCCUCUGGCGUGCCUUGGACAAUGGCGCGAAACUGUGGAGGUCUACAUCGCAAACAAUAAAAGACUGAAAGAGCUUUCCAAGCUCAAUGACAUAGCCUUCGUCACCUCGCACUUUCUUCCAGUCUUCGGUAGCUUGCCUGCGGCAGCUGUGAGUGUGCCCGGUGGCCGCUAUGUGGCAUUGCUGAUCAUGAUUUGA